CUACCAAAGAACAACUUAAAUGUAUUGAAAGCUUUGGAUUCAUCGACUUACCAUCGUCAGUUAUAAAAUUUUAUAUUAUUGGAAUAUUCAUAAUAAAUUUAUCAUGUCAAAUUGUCGAAGCAAUUGAUGCUCGAUGGGGUCAUGCUUCAACAUUGAUAGAUAAUACUUUAUAUGUUUAUGGAGGAAAUGUAGGAGCGACACAAAAAGAUGGUCGGAAAACAAAUCAACUUUUACUUCUUGAUAUGGAAAAAUCUUUUCCCAUAACAAAUCCUUCUUGGAUAAUAAGUAAUAAUGAUGGGCCAAAAGUUGCAUAUCAUGCAAUUUCAUUUGGCGGCGAGAAUAAUCGAAUAUUAGUUCUUUAUGGUGGCGAAUCACCAGACACAUCACCACCCGCUAAUUCGUUGUUUUAUUACGACACGGUAAAUAAAUCAUGGUCAAGUCCUGAGAUAGCGGUCGCGUCAAGGAGGAUAGAACAUACUAUCCAGACUAGGGUCAAUGAUUCGAUGGUUUAUGUUUUUGGCGGGGCACCUGCAAUAGAUCCAGAUGUUACAAGCCAAGUUCAAUACCAAGAUUUGUAUUAUUUGGACAGCAUAAAGAAUAUAUGGAGUACAACAAAUUUACAACUAAAUACACCAUCUGGUAGAUUUCAUCAUACUGCUACUCUUCUUUCAGAUGGGAAAAUGUAUGUUAUUGGAGGUUAUUCUGGUAAUUCAUUAGUGGAUAUGAGUGAUAUUUAUGUUUUUGAUACUAUAAUGUCUCAAUGGAAUAGAACGGUUGCAGGUGGAACUAUACCAACUCCUCGUAGAGAACAUGUAGCUGCAGGAACCGAUGAUGGAAGGAUUAUAAUACAUGGCGGUGUCGAUAUAACUUUUACAAUCUUGUAUGAUGAUAUUGCAGUAUUGGAUACAACACAAACACCAAUAACGUGGAUUAACGUAACUGUCCAGGGUAAAUCACCGCCAGGAAGAUAUGCACAUUCUGCAAAUAUCGCUGGACCCAACAUGAUGAUUAUUUUUGAUACUAAAUCAUAUAAAUGGCUUGAUACCUAUACACCAAACCUUCCACCUACGCCUACUACAUCUGCUACUACACCACCAAAUAAGACCGGCGUGGUAAUUGGUGCUUCAAUAGCAGGAGUAUUUGUUGGAUCAUUAAUUUUCGGGUUGAUGUUUUACUUUUAUCGUAAACGAAAAAAUCGCGAUUACGUUGGAUCACAUUACGCAGCACAGACAUCUAAUCCAAUACCCCCUCAAAUUAAUCCAUCGGGGAAUAAUAGUCAUGGCAAUCUGGCGCCAAAUCCUGUACAUGAUAAAGAUUAUUCAGAAAAUUUGGAAAAGCAAAUGAUGGGCAUUGAUGUUCAACAUACUAAUAUGGUUAUUGUACCUAAAUCAAAAUUAUACGUUGUGAAUCCUGAUAAUAGUUCUGACUAA